AUGCAUUCCAUAACGGCUCCAAUUGUGCUCGGCUGUAUCGCCGCUCUGCUGGUCGUGGCCCAGGCCCGUCCUCAAUACGGCUAUGAGCAGCCGCAGCCUGGCGAUUUGCUUGUGGGCGGCGGCGGUGGCGGCGUUGGAUUGCCCAAUGCCGGCGGGCAGUUCGUGGGUCAGCUGCCGGUGCCACAUCGCGGCGGCGACAAGUAUUUGCCACCUGCCAGCACGACGCCAGCGCCCAUCAUCAAUAAGAAGUUCUAUUUGGUGUCGGCGCCGGAGGAUCGCAGCAAUGAUGGCAAAGUGAAGCAUUUGGUGCUCGGCAGGCCGCAGAAGAACUAUCGCGUGGUGUUCAUCAAGGCGCCGGCUGGCGACAAUGCCAACGUGAAAUACUCGGCCGAGUUUGCGCCACAGGAGGAGAAGACUGUCAUCUAUGUGCUGAGCAAGAAGGAUAACGAUCUGGAUGCUGGAGAUAUUGCAACGCCCGCGCCCACACAGCCCAGCAAGCCGGAGGUGUUCUUCAUCAAAUACAAGACCGACGACGAGGCCAACCAGGCACAGAAGGAGAUUCAAGGCCAGUACGACAAAUUGGGCGGCACCAACGAGUUCCAGGAGGAUAACAAUGCGCCCAUCACCUCCGUUAUCGGCAGCCUCGAUGGCCUCAAUCCCGAUGGCAGCUACAACUAUCGCCAGAUCAAUCGCCCGAACGCCCAGCCCAGUGCCCAGUAUCUGCCCAGUGCGCUUAACCUUUAA